GUGGGUAAAGGACAGCUUGGCUCCCAGCGGCGAUCUGUGUGUGGUUUCGGGCCCUAGAAACAUUUUGGAUUUGCUUUCAUUCCUCCUUCUGAAGACCCAAGGUCGGCCACCAGGUUUGGGAGAUUUGAAACGCGGGGCUGAUUUUCCUCCCUGUUUUCCGGUUCUGCCCGCGGGAACCUUCGAGGAAGCGUGGAAGGAUGGGAAGGGCGUGCGCCUGCUGACCGGCCCCGUGUUGCCUCUGCGUGGCCGCGGUGUCCCGCCUUGGCUGCUCUAUGGAAUCGUACGCUUGUCACUUCAGGCCGAAGCUUUGUUUGUUAAUAGAAGUGAAACGGAUGCGUUGAGAGGGGACAAAGAUUUUAAAAGGCCCUUCCCCUACCCAACUUCCCCAAAGGCCCCAAAGACUGCAGAUUUAUCUAGUUUGCCGACACGAGCUCUUGAAUGUUCAGCGGACAAGGGCUUAAAUAUAAGAGAGUGGGAACUCCUAACAUUUUAAGGGAUUUGUGUGUAUUUCCAAAACUGACUUUUGACCGCCAUCCAACACCUGCUGCGUGAGAUUCCUGAGCGUCUCGCCAUCCUGCGGCUCUAACAUGUUCUGUUGGUUAAGUCGGCUGUACAGGGGUUUAUCCAGACCCACUAGAAGGACCACACAGCUGAUCUGGGGUUCUUUCUCCCGAAGUCUGGUACUGAGUUCACAGAGGAGAAUUCCAGAACUCAGUAGUUUUGUUGCCCGGACCAACACGUGUGGAGAGUUGCGUUCUUCUCACUUAGGCCAAGAAGUCACCUUGUGUGGAUGGAUUCAGUACCGAAGGCAAAACAUCUUCCUGGUCCUAAGAGAUUUCCAUGGGCUUGUUCAAGUUAUCAUUCCUCAGGAUGAGUCGGCUGCUUCUGUGAAGAAGAUUUUAUGUGAAGCCCCCAUGGAAUCUGUGGUGCAAGUGUCUGGCACAGUAAUUUCUCGACCUCCAGGACAAGAGAAUCCAAAAAUGCCAACAGGUGAGAUUGAAAUCAAAGUUAAAACAGCUAAACUUCUGAAUUCCUGCAAGAAGCUGCCCUUUGAAAUUAAGGACUUCGUGAAGAAAACAGAGGCUCUUCGUUUGCGGUAUCGCUACUUAGAUUUGCGUGGUGUCCAAAUGCAGUAUAACCUGCGACUGAGGUCCCAGAUGGUCAUGAAAAUGCGGGAAUAUCUCUGUAAUCUACAUGGGUUUGUGGAUAUAGAAACACCAACAUUAUUUAAAAGGACUCCAGGGGGUGCAAAAGAGUUUGUAAUACCAUCCAGGGAACCUGGAAAGUUUUAUUCUCUCCCUCAGAGUCCUCAGCAGUUUAAGCAGCUUCUGAUGGUUGGUGGUUUAGACAGAUAUUUUCAGGUUGCCCGAUGUUAUCGAGAUGAAGGAUCAAGACCAGACAGACAGCCCGAAUUUACUCAGAUUGACAUAGAGAUGUCCUUUGUAGAACAGACUGGCAUCCAGAGUCUAAUUGAGGGUUUGCUCCAGUAUUCAUGGCCCAGUGACAGAGAUCCUGUGGUGGUUCCUUUUCCUUCUAUGACUUUUGCUGAGGCGUUGGCCACCUAUGGAACUGAUAAACCUGACACUCGCUUUGGGAUGAAGAUUGUAGAUAUCAGUGAUAUGUUCAGAAACACAGAGGUUGGAUUUCUUCAAGAUGCGCUUAGUAAACCCCAAGGAACCAUCAAAGCCAUAUGUAUCCCUGAAGGAGAAAAAUACUUAAAAAGGAAAGACAUUGAGUCCAUUAGAAAAUUUGCAGCUGACCAUUUUAAUCAGGAAGUCUUACCUAUAUUCUUGAAAACCAAUAACAACUGGAAUUCUCCAGUUGCUAAGUUCAUAAUGGAGGAGCAAGGCUUGGGACUAAUCAGACUGUUGGAGACCCAAGAGGAGGAUGUGGUCCUGCUAACUGCCGGAGAGCAUAAGAAAGCAUGCUCUUUGUUGGGAAAAUUACGACUGGAGUGUGCUGACCUUCUAGAAGCAAGAGGAGUGGCGCUUCGUGACCCAGCUCUGUUCUCUUUCCUUUGGGUUGUGGAUUUCCCCCUCUUCUUUCCCAAGGAGGAAAAUCCCGAAGAGCUGGAGACAGCCCAUCACCCGUUUACUGCUCCCCACCCCAGUGACAUCCACCAUCUUUACACUGAGCCCCAAAAGGUCCGUAGCCAACACUAUGACUUGGUUUUAAAUGGCAGUGAGAUAGGAGGUGGUUCUAUCCGAAUUCAUGAUGCAGAGCUGCAGCAUUACAUCCUGGCAACAGUACUAAAGGAAGACGUGAAAUUGCUCUCCCAUCUGCUCCAGGCUUUAGAUUAUGGGGCGCCCCCUCAUGGAGGAAUUGCCAUAGGGUUAGACAGACUGAUGUGCCUUGUCACUGGAGCGCCAAGCAUCAGAGAUGUCAUAGCCUUCCCCAAAUCUUUCCAGGGGCAUGACCUUAUGAGCAAUGCCCCAGAUUCUAUCCCGCCUGAGGAACUGAAGCCCUAUCAUAUCCAGGUCUCCUGGCCAACAGACUCAGAAACAAAAAAGAGUUCAUUGAAUCAUCCAUGCCAUCCAGAAAGUUGAGCUUUUGAGUUUUGUCCUCUUUGCUUCCCCAAGGCUAAAAUCAGAUCUGGAGUUCAGCCACAGAUCUGACUUCAAGUUUUUAAAUGGAAGGAAUCCAGGCAACAUUCUUCACCUCAAUGAAGAAACAGACAAAAGGUAUCCAAUUUUAACGAGAGCAUGCAUUAUUAGGAUUAUUUUAUUUGGGACUUUUUUGAAGUUUCUUUUUACUUGGAGAGGUGUGAAACAUGGCUUUUUGACAGAGUAACAUAAUGGCAUAGUGUUUUCUAAUCAUGUUUUUCAUACCCCGAUAGUAGAUUGUUCUCUUAGGACAGAGGUAAUCAAACCAUAUGUGAAAUGUGGGAAGAUUCUUGCCCCUUUAGACUGGUCCAUUGAUGGAGGGGUCAGUUCAACCAGCCUCAUCAAGAGAAUCCUAUAAAGGAAGCUGGAUAAUGACACUUCAGCUAUCAACAUAAUAUAGUGAGAAGCAACAUGAUAUAACGUAAAAAAUCACUGAAAUAAAAGUCACAAGAUCUUAAUCAGUGCUUUACCUUGCAAGUUGUAUAAACCUCUCUUAGCGUCCCUUCCUGCAUGUGUGAAAUGUAAGCAGUACUUGCCCUGGCUCCCUCACUGGCCUCUUCUUGCCAGAAUCCUAGGAGAUAAUAUAUGUGGAAGAUAGUGUGAGUAAAAAUGCUUUGAAAAACUUUAAAGCAUUACUUAAAUGUAAGAUGGUGAUAUUAUUAUCCAUCUGUAAACAGUAUACAGAUAUAUCUAUGUAUUUUAUAGUUUAAGGUUAAACAAAAUGACAUCUGUGGUAAAAGGAAAACAGUAAUUUCAUUAAUCAGUAUUCUGCUUAUAUUUCUAUUUUUUAAAAUAAUCAUUAAUCCCUGAAUAACACUUUCCCUCAAUUAUAAGUAACUGAAAAUAUUAAUUGACCUUAAACCAACCUCAAAUGUAGAAAAGUGAACACUGAAACUCAUCGUGAUUUUCUUACACGUUCUGUUGACACAAAUAAAGGCUUAUAAUUAAUUAGCAGUUAUAAAAUGGGAAUAAGGCCUUGAUUAAUGACAUUGUUCUUUUCUACUUUAUCUUCACUUUUGCCUUGACAUUCUUUUGAUUUACAAUUUACACCAAAUAUCAGUCUUAUAUUCCAGCCUAUUUUUCUCAGUGCUGUAAGCAGUUUGAUACUACAAUCUUUCUGUUUGAAAAUAAAAUCAGCUUUGCUUCCAGGUCUAAUUUGUUAUGCUCAAUAGGCUGUGAAGAGUGUGCCCUUCACUGAUGCCAUUAAGUGGAGCUUUUCCCAAAAGUUUGUCCUUUAACCCAGUCUCUCCCCAUUUGUGGAUGUACUCUGGAGCCAGAAAAUUCUUGCUGGCAGAGUUCUUAUGGUGAGAAAGGCAUCCAACUCUGCCUACCCUUUCUCAGUGGAGGGAAUUUCUAGAGAUGCCCUUUAUUAGGAAAGAAAAUGCAACUUUACAUUCAUUUACCCCACAUCUGCAUUACCUAGUUUCUAAAUAUAAUAAAUUUACUAUUAACUGUUUAGAACCUAAUUCUGACCAAAAUAUUGUCUUUCUAUCCUGGAAAUGAGAGUUACAGAAGAUACCCAAAAUCCAGAGACUAUUUUCUAGGCUACAGACACCAAAGGCCCCAAGUCCCCAGAUGUCAUACAAUCUCGUGUUGGCAUCACAGAGACCUAGUCACUUUGGGCAUCACUCAGCUUUUCUUCAGUCCUGCCUGUCAGGAAAAAGAAAAGCUUUUUCUGAAAUCCAGGGAAA